AAAGAAACUAGAGAAAGGAGUAUUAUUAUUGGAAAUGAAGCAAUAGAAAGUGAUGAUUCGGAUUCUAAAAGAUUAUCGUAUGCGUUAAAGGAUGAUUUAUUAAUGAAAUGUAAAAAAGUUUUAGUCAAGAUAAAAGCAAUGCUUAACAAUAAUAAUCAAGACUAUACAGGGUCGCAAUCAAAAGAAGAAAAAAUUGAACAUAUACCUCAAUUGUACCCUCCAAACAAGUUAAAAUUUGAAUAUAAUGGACUCAAUAAGUUUCUAACCACUAAAAUAGUUUCAGAAGAUGAAGAUACUCAACGUUACUAUUGUGAAUUAAUCAAUAUUUGUGAUAAUAAUGAGAAUAGUAGUGAUAAUAAUAAUUAUAAUAAUUAUAAUGUGGUUUAUCAUGAAAUUAUUGACAUGAACACUUUAAAAAAUACAUUAUGGAAAAUUGAUACAAAGGAAAAAUUAAUACCUGGUCUGGGUGGUAAAUACAAAGUACGCGUUUCAGCAAUGGCGAAUAACUGUAAAAAUAGUGAAUCAAAGUAUGCUGAUGAAGUAAUAUUUCGAAUGUCUCCUCCUGUGUCUGUAGGCUUUACACAUUCUUAUGAUAAUAAUAUUGAUUAUCUUGGAAUAUCUGUAGAAAAUACAAAAGAUCAGCAACCAUCGCUUGGAUACACAUAUCAAGUUUAUCAAGUUAUAAAUAAAGAGGAUAACGUUAUUUACACUUCCCCAACCAACGAUCUUCCAAAUUUAAAUUUAGAUAAAAUAAGAAAUAGUUCAGAAGAUCUUAUAUCAGAACACUUUAUUCGUGUGAAGGAUAUUGCAACAGAGGAAUCCAAUUGGAUGGACUCAA